CAGGCUGCCCGAGCCCGGACGCCGGCCCCAGCGUCCCGCAGACGGGCGGGCGCGGCCGCGGGAGCAUGGAUUCGGAUUCCGGGGAGCAGAGCGAGGGCGAGCCGGUGACCGCCGCAGGUCCUGAUGUAUUCAGUUCCAAGAGUCUUGCCCUUCAAGCCCAGAAGAAGAUCCUGAGCAAAAUAGCCAGCAAAACUGUGGCCAACAUGUUGAUCGAUGACACCAGCAGUGAGAUCUUUGAUGAGCUCUACAAAGUCACCAAAGAACAUACCCACAACAAGAAGGAGGCCCAUAAGAUCAUGAAAGACUUAAUCAAGGUGGCGAUCAAAAUUGGGAUCCUCUACCGGAAUAACCAGUUCAACCAGGAGGAGAUUGUGAUUGUAGAGAAGUUCCGGAAGAAACUGAACCAGACCGCCAUGACCAUGGUCAGCUUCUACGAGGUAGAAUACACCUUCGACAGGAACGUGCUCUCCAAGCUCCUUCAUGAGUGCAAGGACCUGGUACACGAACUGGUGCAGCGCCACUUGACGCCCAGGACCCAUGGGCGCAUCAACCAUGUCUUCAACCACUUUGCUGAUGUUGAGUUCCUUUCCACCCUCUAUAGUCUGGGUGGGGACUGUAGGCCCAACCUCAAGAGGAUUUGUGAAGGAAUUAAUAAAUUGCUAGAUGACAAAGUCCUUUGACUGGUUUUCUUCUUGGACUUUGCUGCUUUCAAGUUGUUAACAUUCAGUCUGGUCCAGUGAGAAGCAAAACGAACAAGCAGAAACCCUGUUGAAGAUGUUCACGUUCUGUCCCCUUCAUUCCUCUGAUGCUGAGGUUAAGGUGUAUGUUAACUCCUGAGCUCGAUGAUGAAGUCUAUUCCUUUAAAUCAUUGUGUGUAUAAGCCCAAAGGACUGUGUUCUAAUCAGAGACUCGGCUUGGCUAAUGUCAGUGAGCUUAGUUCAUCUCAGAAUGGAAGGAACCCACAACCAGGAGCCAGAGGACAUAGCUUCAGCCACCAUCUCCACCAGUUACCACUCUGUCUUCUGUGUUCUGGAGUUGCGAUGCUUGCCUGCUACCUCCCAGGGCUGAUGGAAAACUCUUUUAAUACUUUCUAAGUGCGAGAGGGAUAAACCUAGAUGUAGACGUCUAGACCAUGAAGCGGCACAGAAGAACAGAAUCAAGUGGGUUGGGGCUUGUUAUCUGUCUCUCUGUGCGUUGCUUCAGACAAAAAUCAAGUGAAACCCAAAGGUGUGUGCAAAAAGGUAGUUGUGAAUUAGAAAAAAAGAAGUUUUUCAAGAGUUGUGCCUUUCAGGUCUCAGAGGCGCCACUUUAUGAUCCUGUGGAAGGAAAGUUUCCUUGAGAGAUUUCCCGGGUUGUCCCCCUGCAGGACAAGCCUCCUCACAUCCGAGGGCACGGGAGUCUGUGUUCCAAUGUACACAGGAAGCUGGGCAGAAUGAUCCCCUAUGUGUCAUUCUUGGUCUCUCACAGUCAUUUUGUGCUGUUUUCUCUGGUCCAUUAAUAAAUUAAAGCCUUCAAA